AUGGUUUCCGAUGCAAAUGUGGUGAGCUCCAUUGUAAAAAGCUCAAAAUUAUUGGUACCAAAGCCAUGGACUUCUAGACCUUAUGUUUUACCUUUCUUUCCAUUUUAUGGUACAUUCUUUCAAAUAUAUUUCACACAAUAUGAAAGGUAUAUUAAAGGGCCUGAAUGGACAUUUGUAUAUUUAGGUUCAAUUAUAUCGUUAAAUAUUUUAGUCUGGUUAAUACCAAACUGGAAUAUUAGAAUUGGUGCUCAGUUUAACUAUUCUAAAGCUGUAUCUGUUCGUGAAGCCACUCAUAUAUUAAUUGAAACCACUCCAAAUAAUGGUGCUGAUGGUAUUACUGAAAUUAAUAGAGUUACUGAAGAUGGUAUUCAACAGAUUUACUUUCAAUUCCAAAAGAAGAGAUUCUUAUGGAAUGAAAAACUACAAAUUUUCUCAACUCCAACUUUCCUUAUCGAUGAAGAACCAAAAAUUUCAGACUUUCAAAAUGCUAAAGGUUUAUCUGGUGACUUAUCUCAUUUACGUAGGUUAUACGGUGAAAAUAUUUUCGAUAUUCCUGUUCCCUCGUUUUUGGAGCUAUUCAAAGAGCAUGCAGUUGCUCCAUUAUUUGUUUUCCAAAUCUUUUGUGUUGCAUUAUGGUUACUAGAUUCUUUCUGGUACUAUUCCCUAUUUAAUUUGUUUAUGGUUGUUGCUAUGGAAGGUGCUGCAGUAUUUCAACGUUUAACUGCUUUAAAAGAAUUUACUACAAUGGGUAUUAAGCCAUAUCCAAUUAAUGUUUAUAGAGAUGGAAAAUGGCAACUCUUGAAGACCAACGAAUUAUUACCAAUGGAUGUUGUUUCUAUUACUAGAACUGCAGAAGAUUCUGCCAUUCCAUGUGACUUAAUCUUAGUUGAUGGUACCUGUAUUGUAAAUGAAGCUAUGCUUUCUGGUGAAUCUACUCCAUUAUUGAAGGAAUCUAUUAAAUUACGUCCAAAAGAGGACUUUUUGCAAAUUGAUGAUAUAGAUAAAAAUGCUGUAUUACACGGUGGUACUAAAGCUUUACAAGUAACUAAGCCAGAAACCAAAAGUGUUGUUCCAUCUCCACCAGACGAAGGUGCGUUAGCUGUUGUUACUAAAACUGGGUUUGAAACUUCUCAAGGUACUUUAGUGCGUGUUAUGGUUUAUUCUGCUGAACGUGUUUCUGUUGAUAAUAAAGAAGCUUUGAUGUUUAUCUUAUUUUUGUUGAAUUUUGCUAUUAUCGCAUCUUGGUACGUUUGGGUUGAAGGUACUAAAAUGGGUAGAGUUCAAUCGAAAUUGAUCUUAGAUUGUGUUUUGAUUAUUACAUCUGUCGUUCCACCUGAAUUGCCAAUGGAAUUAACUAUGGCUGUUAACUCAUCCUUAGCUGCCUUGGCUAAGUUCUAUAUUUAUUGUACAGAACCAUUUAGAAUUCCAUUAGCUGGUAGAAUUGAUGUUUGUUGUUUUGAUAAAACUGGUACAUUAACAGGGGAAGAUCUUGUGUUUGAAAGCUUAGCUGGUUUAUCACCAAAUCGUUCUGAUAUUCGUCAUGCUUAUUCCGCAUCUGAAGCCCCAGAAUCAACUGUCUUAACUGUUGGUGCUGCCCAUGCUUUAGUUAGACUAGAUGAUGGUGAAAUUGUUGGUGAUCCAAUGGAAAAGGCUACUUUGAAAGCUUUUGGAUGGAAAGUUCAAGCAAAAGAUAUUGUGUCCAAACUCAAUGUUGGUGAUAUUAAGAUUCAUCGUCGUUUCCAAUUUUCUUCUGCGUUAAAGAGAUCUGCUUCCGUUGCAUCAUACAAGAAUAACUAUUAUGCAGCAGUCAAAGGUGCUCCAGAAACUAUUCGUGAAAGAUUAACCAAUGUUCCAGAAAAUUAUGAUGAUAUUUAUAAAUCAUUCACAAGAUCCGGUUCAAGAGUUCUUGCUUUGGCUUCUAAAAAAUUAGGGAAAUUGUCCAAUUCUGCUAUUGAUAAAUUAGAUCGUGACGAUGUUGAAAUUCAACUAGAUUUUGAUGGCUUCUUAAUUUUCCAUUGUCCGUUGAAGGAAGAUGCAAUUGAAACUAUUAAGAUGUUAAAUGAAUCCAGUCAUCGUUCUGUGAUGAUUACUGGUGAUAAUCCUUUAACUGCCGUUCAUGUUGCUAAGGAAGUUGCUAUUGUUGAAAGAGAAACUUUAAUUUUGGAUGCUUCUGAUAAUAAUCAGGAAGGGCAUUUAUUAUUUUUCAAUGUUGAAGAAACUACAAGGAUCCCAUUUGAUACACAAGAUGCUAAGUUUAAUUUGUUUGAAUUAUUUGAAAAAUAUGAUAUUGCAGUCACUGGCCACGCCUUGAAUAUUUUGAAAGGACAUUCUCAAUUACGUGAUUUAAUUCGUCACACUUGGGUUUAUGCUCGUGUUUCUCCAUCUCAAAAGGAAUUCAUUUUAAAUACUAUGAAAGAUAUGGGUUAUCAAACUUUAAUGUGUGGUGACGGUACUAAUGAUGUUGGUGCUUUAAAGCAAGCCCACGUUGGUGUUGCUUUAUUGAAUGGUACUGAGCAAGGUAUGAAAAAAAUGGCUGAACAAAAUAGAAGUAAAAGUAUGCAAGCUGUUUAUGAAAAACAAGUUAGUUUAUUUGCUAAAUGGGGUCAACCAGCUCCACCUGUUCCAGCUCCAAUUGCUCACUUAUAUCCACCUGGUCCAAAAAAUCCACAUUAUUUAUCUGCUCUUGAAAAGAAAGGUACAGUUAUCACCCAAGAAAUUAGAGAUAAAGUUGCCGAAGCUAAUUCUAAACCUGCUGAGCCUAUUAAACCUGUUGACCCUAAGAAUGUUAAGCCAACUGCUGGUGACAUAACUGGUUUAUUAAUGGCCGCUGGUGGUAAUUCUGAGGAAGAUGAUGAAGAAGUUCCAGCUUUGAAAUUAGGUGACGCAUCUUGUGCUGCACCAUUUACUUCUAAGUUAUGUAAUGUAUCUGCUGUUACUAACAUCAUCCGUCAAGGUCGUUGUGCUUUAGUUAAUACUAUUCAAAUGUACAAAAUCUUAGCAUUAAACUGUUUAAUCAGUGCCUACUCGUUAUCAGUUAUUUAUUUAGCCGGGGUCAAGUUUGGUGAUGGUCAAGCUACUGUUUCUGGUGUUUUAUUAUCUGUUUGUUUCUUAAGUAUUUCGCGUGGUAAACCAUUACAAAAGUUAUCCAAGCAAAGACCUCAAGCUGGUAUUUUCAAUAUUUACAUUAUGGGAUCAAUUCUAUCACAAUUUGCUGUUCAUAUUUCUACUUUGAUAUACAUUACAAGAGAAAUCUAUAUUUUGGAACCAAGAGAACCACAAGUCGAUUUAGAAAAGGAGUUUGCUCCAUCUCUAUUGAACACAGGUAUUUUCAUAAUCCAAUUAGUCCAACAAGUAUCUACUUUUGCUGUAAACUAUCAAGGUGAACCUUUUAGAGAAACUAUCACAAAGAACAAGGGUAUGUAUUAUGGCUUAAUUGGUGUUAGUGGUUUAGCUCUAGCAGGUGCUACAGAAUUCAUUCCGGAAUUAAAUGAAGCUAUGAGUUUUGUUCCUAUGACUGAGGAAUUUAAAUUUAAAUUGACUUCUGUUUUAUUAUUAGAUUUCUUUGGUAGUUUAGGUGCUGAAUAUUUCUUCAAAUUUUUCUUUAUGGAAGACAAAGCUGCUGAUAUUACACAUCGUCCAGAAAAGCCAGAAAUUGAAAUUAAAUAUUAA